UGGACGCGAAAUUCGUCGGAUUAAAAAAACCAUUUUAUACGACUUUUUCUGGCGGAAAUUUUGAGUGUUUUGAACUGGCGAUGCCAAUCGACGCGGCGUCGCUUCCUGGUCCCAAAAAAGGUAAUUUCGCUGGGAAAUUCGGCGAAAAACGCGAGAAAAUAGCGAAAAACUGAAAGUGUGAGGGAGACAGUAUCAGUGGCGUGCACCGUCUCAUUUCCUCUUCGACGAAAUGUUCCAAAAAUUAGCAGUGGUGGCUUCUGGAACUACAUUUUGGGCGCCAAUUUCAAAAAGUAGUCAAAAAAGCAAAUUUGAGAAAUUUAAAAAGAAGAAGAAGAAGAAAAUGUCACACAAACCAAAUUGUAAACACACGUGAAUUUCGCAAAAUAUAAAUAAAAAUAAUGAAUAGGCCCAAAAGGAAGAAAAAUGAAGGACCGGAAGUAAUUCAACUACCCCAGAAGCGCUACUACAGACAACGAGCCCACUCCAAUCCACAUUCGGACCACACAUUUGACUACCCAUAUCAUCCGGAUGACAUGGUGUGGGCAGAUUUGUACCCAAACAUUGGGGACAACAAAGUGGAAUUUCUCGACAUUGGAUGCGGCUACGGGGGCUUCCUGAUUGAAUUGGGGAAGAUCUAUCCUGAUAAGUUUUCCCUGGGAAUGGAGAUUAGGGUGAAGGUUUCAGACUACGUGAUGGAUAAAAUUAAGGCGCUGCGAGGAAAUAAUCCGGGAACUUAUGAGAAUGUUGCCUGCAUCCGUACGAAUGCCAUGAAGUACCUUCCCAACUACUUCCACAAGGCUCAAUUGUCAAAGAUGUUCUUCCUCUAUCCUGAUCCACACUUCAAGAAGGCCAAGCACAAGUGGAGGAUUAUUAAUCCGUCGCUUCUGACGGAAUACAGCUACUUCCUGAAGAGUGGAGGGAUGAUCUACACCAUUACCGAUGUGGAGGAUCUCCACGAAUGGAUGGUCAAGCAUCUCAGUCAGCAUCCCAAUUUCCAGAGGAUUCCUCUGGAGGAAUUGAUGGAUGAUCCUCUCGUUGAGAAACUCUACGAAACAAGCGAGGAAGGUAUCAAGGUAACUCGCAAUAAAGGCAGCAAGUUUGCUGCAAUUUUCCGACGUCUCUGACAAAAUGUUAUGUAAUAUUAACUAAUUAAAAAGAAUAUCUUAAAAUUAAA